GUAAAGGCCAACAUCAUCAACCCCAGAUACAGUCGAGGGAUGGAGAACCCGCUACGCGAUGUCGAGGAUAGCGGAAGACGGAUGCGCUAUCCUCUACAUCUAAAUCAUAGGCCGACUACCUCGAAAUGUCGAGAAGCGAUCAACACCGACACUAGGCACUAAGAUAUGGUGGAUAGUGCCGCUACAACGUCGAGGCCGUGAGGGCGACUCUGAGAGGCUCCUUAUCAUGGACGUAAUGGGACUCCCAGUGCGCUCGAAUCUGCCUUAUCAUCGCUCAUCUCGCUGCUUGCACUCUCCCAUCGCGAUCAAGGUCGCUAUUGAAGUCAUCAUUGCAAGAGCACAUCAGACUUUGAAGUUCACCUCUCAAGUUCUGCUUUACACCUAUUGACAUUCUAAUCGUUGCAAUAUGAUGAUCUCUCUACUUGAAGAAGGAACCGAGGAUGUUUUUGACCCCCGUAUCCACUUGGCUUUCGCACCUCCUUCGAAGAAGUUCACCUUUGAAGAUCUAAGUUUGCAACCUUCAGCAACGAGCACCAAGAUCGCGGCUACCUUGCCCUUUCCCAUAUUGUCUUCCGAGGGUGUACGAGCUUACCGACGUUCCUUGUUCUCCUCGAAGGUCCUCCACAAUUGUGCUGGUAUCCCCUUCCCUCGGACACUGACCCUUCGAAAUGCUGCUGAACAUUCGUCGUUCAUCAAAGCGCUUUGGAACCACCCGGAGACCAUGCGGGUCUUGUCCGAAGCUGCUGGAGUACCACUUCGAAUCGUGAUGCAGACCGAGAUUGGCCAUACCAAUAUCCAGACAAGCGGCAGCACCCUUGAGGAGAUGGUUUCGGAGCUCAGCGUUGAGCCGCAGACCACAAAGGUGCCUUUGACAGAGGAAGAGCGCGCCUACGAUCCGCUGAAGUCGUCUUCUAUCAUUCCAUGGCAUUACGACUCCUAUCCCUAUGUAUGCGUGAUUAUGUUGAGUGAUACGGAUGGUAUGCUCGGAGGAGAAACUUACAUCAAGACCGGAGACGGCGUACCAAUGAAGGUCGAAGGACCAAGCCUUGGCUACGGCGUGAUUCUGCAAGGUGGAGAAGUCGAACACCUCGCCGCUCGAUGCAUGGGCGUGAAGGAGCGGAUAUCUACCAUCACAUCCUUCUGCGCAGAUGUCCCCGGUGCCUACGACUCUAGCCACAUCACCAAUGUCCGAUACUAUAGCGACCGGCCCACAUUGUACAAGCAAUGGACAGAAUUCCGGCUCGAGAAGAUGAAGCGAGAAAUUGAUUCCCUGCUGGAUGAGAUUGCCGCAUCGCCAACUUUAUACGACGUGCGCCGCGUCCAGAGAUUCGCGCAGGAUCAGAUCGCCUACUUGAAACGGACGUCGCACCAGCUGGUCCCACAUGAGGACAUGGAGUCGGUCAUUGAGAAGCUCGGCGGCGACGCCAUCCGGGACGCGCGGAAGCUGUGGGCAAAAGCAGAAAUGUUGGAAGACUUCAAUGAGCGAGUGGCAUCUGUCACGCCGAGCGAUUGGAUGCCGGGAAGUGAACUAUGGAUCGACCUCGUCAUGACGCAGAUGGCUAUACAGGCGAGGAAGACAAUCGAGUCUCAGCGUGGACGGUUUCAAUGGACGAAAGACCGGCCAUUUUGUAUGGGUGAUGAAUUGCUAAGGCAAGGCUUGCCCGAGGUCUUUUUGUCAUGGCUCGAUGCAUCGGGUUUACUGGCUGUAGUUAAGUCGUAGUGGAAACAGGAUUCGAUCACUCUUCUAGGUAAUGUGCUCAAUCCAUGCCAAUCUGCAUACCAAGAA